AUGGGUUCCGAUAUCGUGGCAGUUGUGGAGGCUGUUCAGCCAAGCUGCAGACGCCUAAACGUGGGAGACCGCGUCUGGGCCGACAUCGGAGCCGUUGUGGAAACAACAAAAGGUAGAAAGGGCAAGGAGAAUGGUGCCUUUGCGCCUUUCGCUGUGGCUCUGGAGUCGCAGCUGGGCGCCAUGCCCAAAAACGUCUCGGUUUUGGAAGCUGCGGCGCUGCCAAAGGUGUCUUUGACGUCGUACAAGGCCCUGAAAUGGUAUGGCGGCGCUCCGUAUGGGCAAGACGUGACGGUUUUAAUCCUGGGUGGCAGUGGCGGCUGUGGCAGCACGGGGAUACAGUUGGCCAAGGCAUGGGGCGCCACCACGAUCAUCACCACCACGUCUGUGGCGAAUGAACUAUAUGUGCGACGAUUGGGAGCAGAUCGUGUUAUCGACUACACGACGCAAAACUGGUGGGAGGUCCUAUCUGAAGGAACCGUGGAUGUCGUUUACGACACGGCCGGCGAAGCCGGAACGGGGGACAGGGCGAUGGCUUUGUUGCGUCAAGGAGGCUACUUUGUCACCAUCGCCGGGGCCCUCCCUCAGAAGCCACGAGCCGACAUCAGGAGCUCCACUUUCAUCAACUCAGCAACAAAUCUUCAGAACUUUCAGCUCCUUGACGAGCUGCGAGAUUUGGUGGACCGUGGGCACUUGCGAAUGCCAGAGCUCCAGACCUUCCAGCUGGCAGACAUCCUGAAAGCUUUUGACGCUUCGGCCGCUCACCAUGUGCGCGGCAAGCUUGUCAUUCAGAUGCCCGCGGCGAGGAGCCCUCCGAAAGUCUUUGGCUGCCGAAUGCCUCAAAGGCAAAGGCAAAAGGGGGAAGGAACCAAGAUGGCAGCCGUGGCCUCGGUGCUCGAUGUCACACAGAGAGAAGGGGGAGCGCUCUCGCCGUUGUCAGCCCCCAUCUACACGGGCCCGUGGAAGAACGACGAGCCGGGCACGGGCUACGCCGACAUCCUCUACCCCUCGGGCCACCGCUACAAGGGCAAGGUCUGCGACGGCUGCCGAGACGGCAAAGGCUCUUUGUGGCACCAGGGCCCGGGUCUCAGAGCCCAGGGAGAGCCGGUGCGCGUCGGCUGCGCGUCGCAGCGCUCUCUGAGACUCGGAUGGCGAUUCCACCUUCCUCUACUGCGGCCACUGGGAGGAGAGGGAGAGCCAGAAGCGUGGCCCCGCCCUCCUUCGCACACGCUUGAGAAGCCGCAGAGGCAGACGAGAUGCACGGUGAGGGCGAGCUGCAUUGCAGCGAUGGCGUGUACCGUGGCCAGUUCGUGUGAUCAUCUCAGAUGCUACGGAGAGGACCUCUACUGCAGAGCACGCGACGCAGCUGAGGCGCCUUUGCCCGAAACAGAUAGAGAAGUGCUGUCACGAGACAAUGAGGACACUCUGAGUUACUAUGACGGCGAGUGGGAAGAGGAUCAGCCGCAGGGCACUGGCACCUUCGUCGAUGAACACGGCCAGGAGUUCUGCGACCGGGAGUUCGAGCAGGGGGACCUGAUCGGAAGCCGCCUCACCGGGAGGUCCAAGCGCAUCUUCUCGGUGAAGACCAUCUCCUCGGUGUCCUUGCAGAAGCCGUCUUCCAGCAAAGUUCUUCCAGGACCCAAGAAGGAGAUCCCUCAUGCCGGCACAGUCUGCCAAAAUGCCGGCCUGCUUCCGGAGGAGGAACCUGCCCAGACGCGAGUGAUCGACGUGGGAAGUGGUGUCAGCAAUGCACGCAGCCGCCCGGCCCACUGCGGGCCCGAAGACGCAUCUCGCAGCAGCCACAACAUCCCGACGAGAUCAGCCACAACAUGCCCGACGAGACUGGCCACAACGUUAGCCCAGGGGGACAAGAUCUACCUGGCCAGGAGCUUUACAAGAAGAGCGCCCACGCUCCUCACCUUUGCUGCCCUGCUUUACGAGCUCCAAACGAGGAGGAGCCCUCCUGUGCCCUGCCCCG